AUGUCCAGCUCCGAGGACGACCUGCCCCAGUGCGCGGGCCCACGUGCGGUGUGCAGCCGGGUCGACCUGUACGCGCGGCCCUGGGCGGAGCGGCUGUGUCGCUGCCCGAGCGGCAGGCAGUGCCCGUCAGGGACCGGCACUGCAGAUGGCCGCACCGUCGCCGACAAGAACCGCCUUUUAAAGCUGUGCUCGCCGGUACGCGAGCUGCCACGCUGCCGCUUCUUCACGGACGUGACAUGGACAGUUGUGGCGGAGGCGGACAACACGACGCAGCAGCUGGUGCACUGUCGCUGCCCCCGGGGGGCGGUCGCCUACCUGGUGGGGCAGCGCUCGCUGCCUCCAGCCACCGCCCCCGCACCAGCCGCCAGUCCCCGACUCCAGUACUCCUUCGCCUGCUCGCCGCAGAGCAGGUUGCGCUGCCACCGCAAAGAGCCGUGUCGCCUGUUCACGGUGCGCAAGCGGCAGGGUCUGGUAGACGAGGCGAACGUCAGCACGCUGUGCCAGUGUCCGCUGGGCCAUGAGUGCCCGGUGCACCACACAGACCGAGACGUGGUGCAGAGCCACGCCUAUCCACGGGACGCCUUCCGCGUCUACAGCGGCUAUUGCACGCCACGCUGAGGCCUGCCCGCGCGUGGGGUGGGCACCGAGUUCCAGCUUUACCUGGAUGACUGUCGCUGUUUACAGUGGCUGUUCCUUCACGUACCUCACAGCGCAUGUUAUGAGCGCUGUGUUUCUAUCCUUAAAGUAGAUGACUGUCGCCUUCUACACUAUAUGGUGCGUCAUAGCGCGUUGGAUGGGCACCAAGUUUCCAGCCUUACCGUCAAUGACUGUUACCGUCCACUGUGAAUGUUAGUUCACAUACCUCACAGUGCGUGGGGUGGACACUGAGUUUCCAGCCUUACCGUGGAUAUCUGUCGCCUUAUACAGUGGCUUUUGCUUCACGCGCCUCGCUGUGCGUGGGGCGAGCACUGCGUAUCCAGACUCAAUGUGACACAAGAGACGUCUUUCACCUUCUACAGUGGCUGUUGCUUCGCGUGCCUCACUGUGCGUGGGGUGUGCAUCACGUGUCACACAUUACCACUCCCCACAUAUGAGCGGAACGCUUUCUGCCCAGAAUGAUAAACAAGCGCCACGCGGCACGUGGGGUAGUCACUGCGCUUCCAGCCUCGCUGUAGCGUAAUCCACGAUUUGACUCAAUACAUAAAGUCGUAACUAAACGUCAUUUAAAAAUCGAGUUAAACGGAUAGAUUUAAUAGUUGAACUUUAGUUCUUUGUAGAUUUAUUGUACAGCAAUCUCUUGUAAACGGCAGAGUGUGUGUUUAAACAUAAAAUAUAAAAGCGGUAUACAAAUGUUUGUUUAAGGUAUCUAACCUUUUUUAAUUUAUAAGGAAAAAGACUCAGGGAAACUAAUUGCGAAGAAGCACAUAAUUGACUAAGAUUCUAUCGAUUAAAAAUAAUAUAUUUUGAAUCAAUUCAAAACUUUGCUUGUCCUAUCGUUGGUUUAUAAACAUUUUUUGAAGAUAGUGAAAUUACUACUUUAAAACUUAGAUUUUAAAAUAUAGAAGGAACAGUGUUUUAAUUUUUAGAGUCGAAUAUGUCUGCUUACAGCGUUUUGGGGGUGCUGUGUCAACACCCAUUUGAUAUCUUUUGGACACAAGCUUUAGUAUUGUCAAAAUUAAAAAGAAA